AUGAAAAAGAUUCAUUUACUUUUUUUGUUUAUAUUCAUAUUAACAAUAAUUACAAUAACAUUUUUUAAAAAUUCAAAUAAACCAGAAUCAAUUAAAAAUAAUAGAAACAAUUACAACAAUAACAACAACAACAACAAUAAUAAUAAUAAUAAUAAUAAUUUUGAUAAUGUUAAUAAAAAUACAAAUAAUAAAAUUGUAGUUAAUCAAUUUCAAGAUCAAAAUAAUAAUAAUAAUAAAUUUUAUAAUGAUGAAAGAUUAAAAAAAAAUCAUCAAAACAAUGGUCAAAAUGAUAAUAAUAAAAUUCCACAACAUGAAAAUUAUUUAAAAAAGAAAAGAUCACCAAGACCACAACCAACUUUUAAAAAAUCAAAUAAUAAUAAUGAUAAUAAUAAUUUAUUAGAAAAAUUAGAAAAUAAAAUUCAAAUAAUAAAUAAUAAUAAUUCAAUUGAAUUUUUAUCAAUGAAUAAAAUUAAUUGUGAAAAUGGUGGAAUUGGAUUUUCAAGUAAAUGCAUUUGUUCUUAUGGAUUUAAUGGUGACAGAUGUGAGAUUAUUGAUAUAAAUAAUGCAUGUACACAAGUAAAGAUGAAUAUUGAGUAUCUCUAUAACCCAAAUUUAGUAUCCUCUGAUAAAUGUAUAUCAAGUGCACCAAGUAUUUGUUGUUGGUCAAAGUUUAGAACCAUUUCAAAUAUUUCUUUAACAAAAUUACAAGAUUCAACUCAUUCAGAUUUAAAUCAAGUUCCACAACAUAAUGAUAUAAUUAAAUCAAUUUUAACAAGUUAUGGACCAUGGACUGAAAAUGACAAGAAAAUGAUAAGUUAUCUAAUUAAAUCAAAUGAUAAUGAUAUCACUUAUCAAUUAAAAUAUAAUACAAAUCAUUUCAUGUCAAAACACGACCAACAUGAUAAUCAUAAAAAACCAAAAUUAGCAUUUGUCUUAAUGAUUCAUAAAAUUGAUUUAGAAGCUUUAAAAUUAUUAUUUGAUAAUAUUUAUAAACCAAAACAUUAUUAUGUUAUUCAUAUUGAUAAUAAUUUUAAAGAUGAAAAUUUAAUUAAUCAAUUGAAAUCAUUUAUAAAUAAAUUAUAUGAAUUAAAAAUAAAGAAUAAUAUAUUAUUAAAUUCAAAUUAUCCAAAUAAUAUUGAGAUUUUACAUACAAGAUUCGAUGGUGCAUGGGGUUCAAUUGCUUUAGUUUAUAGUGAAAUUGCAUCAUAUACAAAGCUAUUUGAUAUGUUAGAACAUAGACAUUCAAUAACUGGUAGAAAAGAGAAAUGGUCACAUGUAAUUAAUCUCUCAAUUAAUGAUUUUCCAAUUAAAACAAUUGAAAAAUUAGAAUAUUUCUUUGCAAGUAAUGGUAAUAUUAAAAGAAAUUUCUUAAAUGAAGAAGAUAAAGAAAAAGAAAUUAUUAGAUAUAAUAAACCAUGGGUAGAAUGUAAAACAAUUGAAGAUGGUAAAAGUAAUAUUGUUGGAUUUAAUUUUCAAAAUAAUGAUGAUAAUGAUGAAAAUAGUGGUAUUUGUGGAUGUUCAGGUAUGGAACAUACAAUGGAUAGAAGUAAAUAUAAAGAAGGAUCACAAUGGCAUUUUUUAACAUAUAAAUUUGCAAAUUAUUUAAUUUCAGAUUUUAAAGCAAUUAAAAGAUUAUUCUCUAUGAAGUUCUCUUAUAUUCCAGACGAAUCAUUCUUUCAAUUGGCAAAGAGCGAAUCUUAUUUUUUCAAUGAAACUGAUAGUUGGGAUUUCUCAAAUUAUAGAUUCAUCCCUUGGUAUAAUAGUGCAAUCGGUUUAAAAGUUGGUUUAGAAGAAGUUGAAAAUAAUUUUAAUAAUCAAACUUGGAGUUACUUUACUCGUAAAGUUUAUACAACUGAUGUUAAAAAUGCAAUAAUUGAAAAAUAUUUAAAAGAUUAA